UCGCUCAGAAGUAUCGUCAGUCUCUUAAACGUGAGUUAAUGGCAAAUUUUGCCAUCUGUUUCGUAAAAUUCUGAACUUAAAGCUUGAAUUAAGGCGAGGAUAUUCUUUUAAAUAUAGUCUGGUGAUAAUUUGGCGAAACGCUUUCUCGAUCUUUCAGAUUGGCUAUUCUAUUCGCUUGAUCGGGGAAUUACUUCCGGUCAUUUCCGUUAAAUGGCGACGACGAUGGGUAGUCCGCAUCGAAGUGUGUUGUUAUAACAUCUCGUUCGCGAUUUUGAGAUACCGUUCAACUGUUCUUCUUGUCCGUUAGAAUUCUGUUGCCUCGUUGGAUUUCAUGCAUGACGAUUUGCUUGUAAGACUGUACGUUCGUGAACAAUAAAAGUCGAAAGCGUUAAGCGUGCCUUGUGUCGAACAUAUUUGUAUGAGAAUAAUGGCCGAUGUGGAAGGGAAAAAGCUCACGGAACUGCGAGUUAUAGAUUUGAAAACGGAACUCGAGCGUCGUGGAUUGGACAAAACUGGCAAUAAAGCAGCACUCCUCGAGCGUCUGUCCAAAGCUAUAACAGAGGACGGUCAAGAUCCAGAUGAAUAUUUGAUUGUGCCGUGUGGUGGAUUAUGCAAAGUCAGUCCAAGGAAAAACAGUGUAACAGGUACAACAAAUCAAGAUGAAUCUGUUGAGGCAGUAGAAAAUCAGAAGGAAGAAAGUAUGGAAAUAUCAGAUAAUAGUGAAGUAAAAAUGAAAGCUGAGGCGAAGUCUAACAUGGAAGAGGAUAUAUUGUCCAGGACAGAAGAAUCCCAAAAUGAAAAUAAUGCUAAUAAAGAAAUGGAAUACAAGCAAGAACUUAAGAAUCAUUCGAAUAAAAAUACAUCUGAAAACACGCAGGCUGCUGAUAAAAAAGUAGAAUCUGACAUAGCUAUCGUAGCAAAUCAAACGACAGCUAAUUUAAUUUUGACUGUUGAGGCCAAUGGUAUCGACAACGAAGAUUCCAUCAAUCUAACUAUCGGGGAAGAUGAAGAAAAUCUCCUCGCGGAGGAGACAGAAUCUCACGAGAGGCAUAAGGAUGGUGGAGAGAAGAAGAAAGUGGAAGAAAGCAAGAAGGGAGACUCUAAAGGGAGCAGUAGAGCAGAAGCCGGUGCCAACAACAAGGAAGGGACAACAUCAGGUGGAAACGUCGGGACGAAGAGCAAGCAGGACGGUGGUGGAGACGGAAGCAAGAGCGUGGAGUCUAGCAACAAGAGUCAAAAAAGGGACGAUAAAGAUAAAAAGACUUCACAAAUCAGUCCUGUUAAUGCGAGCAGCAGAAACUUGUGGGUGUCCGGAUUGUCAUCGAGUACUCGUGCGACAGAUUUGAAACAAAUAUUUUCGAAAUAUGGGAAAGUGAUAGGUGCGAAAGUGGUUACAAAUGCAAGAACGCCCGGAGCAAGAUGUUACGGAUACGUGACCAUGUCUACAAGCGAAGAUGCAGCAAAAUGUAUACAACAUCUGCAUAGAACUGAACUUCACGGACGUGUGAUUUCUGUAGAAAAGGCGAAAGGUGACACUCAACAAAGUCACAUGCGUAAACGGGAUACCACGAACGGGAAAUCCGAAAAGAAAGAAGAGAAGGAAAAGAUAAAGGAUAACCACGAGAUCAGUGAUCGGAAGGAUAAGGAAACUAAGAAAGAUACAGAGGACAAAGGAUCGGAAGCAAGAGUGUUUAAAUGUACUGUAACAGUGAAAAAGUCGGAUGAGAAAAGCAACGAGAACAUCGAUAGUAAAAAGGCAGAUAUACAAGAGAAGAAAGAUGAAGUAUCGAAGGAUGCCGAUUCCCGAUCAACUAAGUCCACCAGCAAGAAGCCCGAGAGCGAAAGAGGAAGACGCGACGAGAAGAGAAUUCGUUCAUGGGACCAUCACCGAUCUCACACUCGAUCUCGCAGUCGCGAACGGCGUAGACGCGACGACGUGCUGACGUUUGCGAAGAUCAGGGAGGAACGGGAAAGGCAAAGGCUGCGGGAAAGAGAGAGAAUGCUUCGUGAAGAGGAACGAAGAAGAAGAGAGGAUAUGGAGCGGCAACGAGAAGUAGAACGUAGGCAAAGAGAAGAGGCUGCGCGGCUGGAAAGGGAACGAGAGAAGUUGCGAAGAGAACGAGAAAGAAUCGAGCAGGAGAAAGCUGAGUUGCUUCGACUUGAACGGGAACGUCAGAAGCUGGAACGGGAGAAGUUAGAGCGAGAAAGAUUGGAAUUAAAAAGGCAGCAGAUGCGAUUAGAAGAGAGCAGACGUGCUCCGCCCCCGCCGUCUAUUAAGAGAUGCUCUAGCGACAGAAGAGAUCCCAGAGACAUGUAUGUUGAACCAGAUAGGAAACGUAUGGCCACUGAACACAGUCGAAAGCACAUUCCGGAACGUGUGAGCGAUCGUCGCGGUGAAAUUUUAGAUCGUGUAUCGGAUAGACGAUUGGACGCGUCGCCACCUACCCGCUACGAAUCUAGUAGAUCUGCGCAAGAUUUAGGGUUAAAGAAGGAAUUCAAACGCAGCAGCGAGUUUACUUCUCGCAGCAGCCGUCCCGAUAGUUUUUCUGAUGUAUCUCGGGGAAGGGAAGUAAUCGUUCGCCGAGAAACUCUUAGCACGACAGCAACAUCUAUCGAUCCCCGACAAGUUAAGGAAAGAUAUGAACGUGCAAGUACAACUUAUACACGUGACCGUGAUAUUAGACGUUCUGAAACGGACACCCAUAGAAGUUCUAGGGAUAGUCACACACGAUACAGCGACAGCUUCAAAACAGCUACAGCUUCUAGCACACCACGUGACAGUCGGUACGUUGAAAGCAAUAGAACAACUAGCAGCUGGCAUUCUGGACCUCCAUCUACAAAAUCAUUUAAUUCCGUACCGAGUAGUGGAACUCGAGAUCCUCGAAAUGAACCAUCUAGUUGGAGCUCUAGAUCCUCCGAUAAUUUGAACAGAUGGAACAACUCGAGUAGCAUUGGAAAUACAUUACGGCAUCCAGUACCACCAACGUAUCAAAGCAGUCCUAUUCAAUCUAUAGGAUUGACAGCACCUGGAACAGCACCCUCGUACGAUCGUUUCGAUCCAUAUAAAUCAUCUAUGCCGAGUAUGAGGAAAUAUUGAUCUUACGUCGCUGAUUUGUACCAUUAUAACGAAUAAUUGGUGAAUUUUUAUCUACCCGACUCUGACAUUAGACAUAUAUAUGCGCGCCUACAUUCACUCACACAUAUGCACACGCACACUAAAUUAUUAUUUAUAUUAUUGUCAAAUCAAAUUUCAUAUUUCAAUGAUUAAUCAUAUAGAUGAAAUUGCAAUUGCCUGCAUUUGAUAAAGAAAUUGUGAUUCUUUUGUAGAACAGGUGCAAAUAACUUCUCUCAUUAAUGAGUGAUGUGUACAUACAUGUAUUAGAAAUCGUUUCCGGCACUUUGCAACUGCGUUGCUACCUUUCAAUUAAAUUUUGAAUGAAUUGAAUUGAACUGAACGUCUCACUCCCGAUACUCGUCUAAUCUAUCAUUAGUAACAAACUUUCAAACUUUCUAUCUGCUUAAUUUCCAUGAAAAUUUCACAUCAAAUUCGAAUUUUUUUUAUAUCUACGAUUUGGUGGAGAAAGAAAAUAAAAGUAAUAGUACUAUUAUUACUACUUCUACGUAUCAUUGUGUACAUCUACUAUUACUGUUUCUACCACUACGGCUAUUAGUAUUACUACUAUUGUUGCUGCUGCUGCUGCUGCUGCUGCUACUACUACUACUACUACUACUACUACUACUACUACUACUUCAACUACUACUACUAUUGCUGUAUUACUACCACUAUUGUUAUUACUGUAAACAGAUAGAGUGGUAUUCACUAAGUAAAUGUAAACAUAGAAUACUUAUGCGAUAUACGACGUGUGUGUAACACUGAAGUUUAAUAGAUUUUUGUACAUUUGUUAAUAGCCGAUAAUAGAGAUCUAGAGAGAGACGGUCAAAGUGGGACAAACAGUUUUUCGUUUGUCUACAGCGUAAUUACAUUUAUAAGGUACAUUGUAUUGAUUGUUAUUUGCAACUUCUUUCAAACAAUAACUUGAACUCAUUUAUAUCGUUGAAGAUAUUCUUAUAAGAUGAUACAAAAUCGCGCAUUCAUUUACAAUUUACAUCGUUGGAGAUAUUCUUGUAGUGUGAUAAGACAUACACAUAUAGUGUUAAAAAACAGUUACAUUGUGUACUUUCAAUCGAUUCAAUUGUAGAAAUACGUACAUAUUCUCGUAAGAAUAUGACUGAACAAUUUGUAUAUUGAAUUUCACGAAACAAAAAACAGUGUAUCUAACAAUAUUGAAACUUAGGUUCUUACAUGGAACACGUAACACAUGUUUCAUUAUAGCACCAACUACCAUAAUAGAAAUAAAUUUAUGAUAUAUCAGA